AUGGAUAUCUCUGCUCCCUGCCUGAGCUACACCGCACAGUAUCAGUGGAACAGCCACAGCUCAGACUCGGAGUUCACCAGCAUGUCGUCCCCAGAGGCUGUCUCUCCUGCUUCACCGGUGGGAUAUGGGUACAUUCCCCCUUACCAGCCUUGUGCUACCCUCUCUGGAGGAAAGGUGCGGAGGAACAGGUCGAAGAACCCCAGCAAGCAGAGGCAAAGCGCCAGUGAGAAGGAGAAGCUGAGGAUGAGGGACCUGACCAAGGCCCUGCACCACCUCAGGACCUACCUCCCGCCCUCCGUGGCCCCCGUCGGACAGACCCUGACCAAAAUUGAGACCCUGCGCCUCACCAUCCGCUACAUCGCUCACCUAUCGGCACAGCUGGGGCUCAGCGAGGAGGCCCUGUCCCGGAGGGCAAAGGCUGACACCUCCAGGCAACAAAACUCGCUGGAGAUCCAGGGCUGCUUCCAGUACAGCUCAGCGCCAGAGUUGUGGGGACAAGGGCAGAGUCACAACCAGCACAUGGGACAGUACGAGAGCCUGUGGACACCUGUGUGUCCCAAGCAGAGUGCAGGUGUGGAGCACAACCAGUUCAACGCCGCACUGGAGCUGUCUGCACAGGACAGUGUCUUCAACUCCAGCAUGGACUCCUUCCUGCAGUCACCCAAGUAUGCAGAAACUGCACACUCAUGCCAGAUGUACAGCCAAGACUUGCCCUGCCAGAUGGUUUCAGCAGAGUUCUGGAUCUGA